UCUGUGAAGGCGCUUUUUGUCAGAGAAAGAGAGAAGAGAGAGGUCGGUGAAACCCUAAAGGGUCUGCUCUUCGGUCUCAUUUGUUCUCUUCAAAACUACGAACUAGAAACUCUAAUUUCCUUUCCCCAGAGUUUGUGAGGAAUGGCGACAUUUAGCGAAGCUCCACCCGGCGAUUCCAAGUCAGGAGAGAAGAUUUUCAAGACCAAGUGCGCUCAGUGUCACACUGUCGACAAGGGGGCUGGACACAAGCAAGGACCCAAUCUGAAUGGUCUUUUUGGAAGGCAGUCUGGCACAACCCCUGGUUACUCAUAUUCUGCUGCUAACAAGAACAUGGCUGUGAUUUGGGAAGAGAAAACGUUGUACGACUACUUGCUUAACCCCAAGAAGUACAUCCCUGGAACAAAGAUGGUUUUCCCUGGACUGAAGAAGCCACAAGAACGGGCAGAUCUAAUUGCAUUUCUCAAAGAAUCCACCGCAUCUUAAUGUUUUCUUUUCUUUUUCAAGCAAUUCCUGUCUUUCUGUUUGCGGCUGUUAGAGGUGUCUGCAGUAGAGCCCAGAUAAAACUAUUUUUUUCAAAUAAGACCAAACAAGGUCUCUUUCUUUUCCAACAGUAUCAGCAAAGCCAUUGCUUGUGCUAUUGGUGAGAAGUACAUUCAAUUCUAAUUUGUACUCCUACUUUGAUCUUUGCCAUUUUCUGCGACCAUUUGAUGAUGUUUCCUUCUUGACAACAUACAUUCAUUCGGUAGGUUUUUAAUAUUGGACCAUA